AUGGAAAUAAAUCAGAUUAAUGAUAUUUCUUCCAAUGAAGAUAUACAUAAAUUAUUUGAAAUUUGUGCUUCAACAAUAACUAAAGGAGGUUUGACAGAAAUACUUCGUAAACUUCAAGAUUAUAAUCAAUCAAAGUUAUCAAUUGGAAUGUUUUUUGAAUUCAUGAAACUUGCAUAUGAAGUUAAUGAUAAUUGUGAAAGUUUGACUACAAUAUUAACUAGGGGAAAUAAACUUAAUUGGAGUAAAUUAGCAAAAGUUAAUUUACAUUUUGAAACACAGAGUUAUAAUAUUACUGAUGAAAAAUAUAUUAAUAGUGAUGUCAUGCAGAAAAAUAAAAGUGCUAAUAUAACAGAAGAAUUUUUAUCUGAUACAAAUGAUACCGAUAUUAAAAAUUCUAUGUAUUCUAUUGCAUCUUCAAGUGUACCAUUUAAAAAUGAACACAUACAUGCUUACGAUCAAAAUUCAAUAAAUGAUUUUGAAAGAUGUAAUGAUAUUACGCACAGUACAUUAAAUGUAAAAGACACAAAGAUUGCAAAGUCUUCAGAUAUGACAGAAAAUUUUUUAAUUACAUUAAUGAAGACAAAUUUAAGUGAUAUAUUACAUGAAGGUUUAUUAGAUUCAGUUUUACCAUACAUGAUUCCAAAACCUAUCAUAUCACAGCCAAUUAUUAAGAAAUCUAUCACCAGUACUGAAGCAAAGAAAAGCAAUUCCUUGAGUAAUACUAUAGAAACACGAGCAAUUACAAAUAUUACACAUAAAGAAAAAGAUAAAAAUAAAACGAGCAAGAAAUCAUCUGAAAAUGAAGUCGAAAUUCAUGUUUGUGACGAAGAGAAAAACAUUAAAAAAAAUUUUCACUGUCCUCAGAAACUUCUUAUUCAAAAAAUGCGUUAUUUUUCUGAUGUGACAGCUGGUCAAAAAUUAGAAGAAAUAGAUAUAUCAGUUCAUUGUGAUAUUACAAUUUUUGACUGGUUAAUGAGAUGGGUAAAGAAAGAUGUUAUAAAAAAGACUGAAUGGCCAGUUUUGGAAGCUAAUAAUGUUAUUCCAAUAAUGGUAUCUGCAUCAUUUUUACAAAUGGAGCCACUUCUAGAAAGUUGUCUGCAAUAUUGCCAUGACAAUAUGUCUGAUAUAUUAAAAACAUCAACAGUUUUAACUGGUUUAGAUGAUAACCUUUUAACAAGAUUAGUAGAACUAUUUACAAAUGAAGAUGUUGAAGCAUUGAAAGAUAAAAAGGAUAAAAUUCAAAGUAAACUGUUUUGUAAAUUGAUUGUGUCUCUUACUGAAGUCAUGCCAGAUAAUAAAAAAGGGCACUAUAGUUCUUUAGCUACAUUAUUUAAGUGUAGCAAAUGUGGAAAAAAUAUUAUUCAAUCAGUUUCUAAUUUUAUACCAUGUAUUUCAAGUGCAAUGAAAAUUGAUAAUCAUGGAAACAUUCAUAGUAAACACAUAAGAGAUUUAACAUGGACUUUAAAUGAUUACAUUGUUACUCUUCGAACGGAGUUACGUUCUUGGCGUAAAGUUUAUUGGAAACUAUGGGGUGAUUGUCACUUUUUAUUUUGUAUACAAUGUAAUAUAUAUUUUCCAAUUCAUCAGUUCAACUGGUGCUGCUAUCAUACAGAAUCUCCACAAUUUUUUAUUAAUGAACAACAGCGGCCUGUACCAUUUCCUUUAGGCAGAUAUCCUUGCUGCAGUCAACGAGCAUACAAGUUUGAAGUACUAUCAAAUUAUGAAGGUUGUAGGUAUAGAGAACAUAUCCCAAAUAUUAGGUCACAAAAAGAUAUAAGUAUAUUAAACAUCUUUACAGUACAUAGGGAAGUAAUAGGUAUGGAUCCACCACAAUUAUUUUUUCCAGAAAAAAUUACUAGACUAGUAGCUCGUGAUCUAUCUCUUCAACCAGGAAAAUUAUUGUGUAAAGACAUAAUGUGGUGGAUUGGAAUAGAACUUGCACCACAACGACAAAAGCUAGGACUUCUAGGAAAAAUUUGGAGUGGAUCAGGAUUUCGACGAUUAUCUCAAAUACAUGAUUUACAAAAAUCAACACAAAGAGUACAACAAGUUUCUGUUACAACAGAUACUUCAUCAAUUACAUCAUCGAUCACAGACAGUGACAUAGAUGAUGGUAUUACAACUUGUGAAAAUAGUAGUAUCGGUGAAGAAUCGAAUCAUAGUGAAGAAUCUUAUGCAUGGUCUUUGUUAAAAGCAAAAAAUAAAAUAAAAACAAAGUUAAGAAAUCAAGUUGCGUGGAGAAAUAACGGUCGAUCUUGGAGUGGAAACUUAAAUGUAAGACAUAAUCAAGAUAAUCAAAGAGACUUUGAGGAAAGUGCAGCUUUACAAAUGAUAGCAUUACUAACAAAACGAGUGUCUGCAGAUUCUUCUUCAUUACUAAAAUCAUCUAACAAACAUAAUCGGACAAAAAAACAAUUAUACGGAGGAACUUACACAAGAUUAGAAGCAGAACUUCGUGAUCAACUAAAUCAAACUUAUAAGAGUAAAAAUAUAAUUGGAAAGUACUUUUUACGUACAAAAUUAAAUAAAUCAUAAAAAUGUGA